UCGCAUAAGUUCAUCCGACGUGCUCCUGAAACGCUUCAGAAGUAAAGAUAACUGUCACAAUGUCCACGAUAGCCAAUGAGGAGAUCUCCGAGAUAUCCCCGGUGUUAUUCUUGGACAUCAGUGGACAUCCAAUGCGUUUCUAUUUAAGACCUGGCCCUACUAAAAUGCAGCUUUACCCACUGAUAACUAAUGGAGGAGGCAUUAUGUGUCGAAAUCAAGAGCCUGGUGCCAUUUUACUGGCCGAACCUGUGGACGUGACUAAUGCCAUGGCAAACACUGGACUAACGUAUAUCUCCACUCAGUUUAUCAGAGAUUGUGUAAAGCAGAACCAACAAUUAGAUAUAGAUGGAUACACGGUAAGUAUCGGGCCAUCUGUUCAGACAAGGAUGGCUUCUCGCAACCAAAGCAGUAUACAGUUGGGUUAUUCACAAGACGAUGAUGCUGCCAUAUUGAAGUUUAUGGAAAAGCGGCAUCAUGAAGCUAAUAGCAUUCGGGUUUGGAGAGAAAUGGAAAAGCAACGUGUCACAGACCAUAGCUGGCAGUCAAUGAAGAAUCGGUUUCUAAAGCACCUUCAGCAUAAGCUCUUGAAGAAAAGCCCGGAAAAAUGUCCAGGCACUGCCUCUAAAAAGAAACCCCUAACCUUUUCUCACAGCUCCUGUUGUGAGGAGAGUAUAACUCAAGCCUUGUCAAAGACCGGUACUUCACAAAAGUCACCUCGGAAGUCAGUGGUUAUCGCAGAUGCUGCUGAAAUGCAAAGCGUCGCAGAGACCAGCUUUUGUCCAACUGUGAGGACAAAUCCUCCAGCUUCUCCUGAGAGAGCGAGUUUACCUCCAGAUGUUGCAGAGACAGGAGGGGAACCAUCACAGGCCUCCAGUAAUGAUGGUGAGCAGGAAUCUUGUGUCCAGAUUCACCAACUGGACAAAAUGAUUAAGAAUACACAAGAGCAACCUCGGCCAGUCAAUGAUGGGCCUGAAAUGUCUAAAAGGCCAAGAUUGGAUGAAGAUUGUGAUGUACAAGACAUUCCAGAUGGAUCAAAUGAAAAUACCUCAUCCCUUAACAAAACCAGACAAACAACCUGCAAAUCCUCGACGCCCACCUCUAAGAAACUUGGCAUUCUUGCAAGAGCUGCAAGAGAGUUUGAGGACUCUGAUGUGAUGGAUGAUGAAAGUGAAGAGGAUGAGGGUCCAAGUGAAGCACCAUUGAUCAAGUCCUCAGACACCCAAGAAAGUUUAGCCACCCCUGAAAAUCUUGCAAGGGAACCAGAAAGCCAAGCUGAUCACCACAAAGCCCAACGUUCACCAGACACCCUUUGCAAUGGGGCAACACUGAUAUCAGCAGAUGAAGGGUCCAGUAGCACAGCUGUCCCUAUAACUUUGAGUGCACAUACCUUCAUCUUUGAGACACAAGAAGACCACAGCAAGACAAUUCAAGAGGAAACAUUCUCAAGGGACUUGCUAGAGGUCAAACAACAUGUCAUGAACAUGAUAGGAGAGACCAAGAAAGACCUUGUUGAGGUGACCAAGGCACUGUUGAAAUCCAAUGGUGACUUCACAAAAGCUCAGAUGUAUCUAAUAGAGGGAUACGACUGUGAGAUGCACGGACCCCUCUGGACCCGUCUAGAUGAUGAGUUACUCUUGUUAGCUGAUCCAAAUGAACUUAAGCAGCUUCAAUCGAAAUAUGGGGAGGGGGAGGUGAUCAGAAGGAAAGCCUUUCUCAAGACUACAGUUAACUGAGAGUAUUUGUCUGGUUUAAUGGGAUUUUUGUGAAUCCAGUCUCUUACUAAGACUGGACGGAGAAUAGACAAAUGUUGUCACAAUUUUGUAACAUCAGUUUG